UGGGGACUGUAACGGGAGUUUCGUUUCCAGGAGUUGUAAGGACUUCAGUCUGAGAUAAUUAUAGACAUUGGUGAAAGCAAGAAGAUAUAAAAACGUCUGAGGAUUAUAUUGGAGGCUUUAGGAAAUGAUAAUUCAGAAAACACAAAAAUACAGCAGGUACAGCAUUGACUAAUUUGAGAUAUUGCUAUAAAGGCAUAGAACGGCGAAAAAGGAACUAAAUACAGGAAGAGCAAGUAAAAAGUAUUAGUAUUGAAAAAUAAAAUCUGUGUUAUGGAGAGGACAGAGCGAUCAGGCGGGAACUCCCAGACCGGAUCCUUCUCUCAGAUGUUGCCUAGUGCGGUGCCUACUACUUCUGGUCCUGCUGCACAAUGCGGGCUGUGCGGAGCAGGAUGCCCAGUGCCAGUGCUUAUGGUCUCCUGCGGACACCGCUUCUGCCUCGGCUGUCUGGAGAGUUUCUGGCAGCAGAUUUCUACCUGUGACCGCCCGUGCCCUUCAUGCACUUCGCGAGUUGGGUGUCACCGCCCCGCGUCUCCCCAGCAGCAGCCAGCGCUGUGUGAUGUGUGCACGCCACGUUCCCCCUGUUCUGCGCGGUGGAGCUGCUUGACCUGUGGUGAGUCGUACUGCCCAGAGCAUUUCCAGUCACACAUGUUGGAAGAUGAUGGUGGUCAGGAGGGGGGUCUGUCCGGGCACAGAGUGUGCGAUGCAGCCAGCGAUGAAGCCAAAAGGAUGCGAGAAAUGAGGAGCGCAAGGCGCCGAUGCAGGGAGCACACGGAACGGGCGGUGGAACUUUACUGCGUGGUCUGCAGAGUAUGUGUGUGCACUUUAUGCCCUCUGCUGGGUACUCACCGUGGGCAUCCAGUGACUCUUAUACAGCAGGAGGCCCAGCACAAGAAGAUUCUUACAAGCAGAUGCCUGGACCAGCUUGAUCAGAAGAGAAAUAACAUACUUGCCAACAUUGGAAAGAUUGAGCAAGCUGUUGCUGAUCUUAAGAACUAUACAGCAGCAGAAAAGGAGAUGCAGGCACAGAUGUCCCCAGCAGAACAGUGGCACCCAAUUCCUAUAAAAUUUGAGCAUGUUGACAAUUAUUUCAGUUCUUUCAUGGAAAGCGUGAAAUCAUCUCUUAAGAAACCGCUUCAAAAAAGGCUUCAAAAGAAUAUGUUUAGUAGUCUCAGUGUGACUGCAAAUCGGAAACCUGGAUCAUUCAUUAAAACAAAAUUAUACGCAGAGAGGUCAUUAUUUCUAAAACAUGCCAGAUGUCCGACGUUAGACCCUGAUACCAUGCAUUCUAAACUGAGACUCUCAGAAGACAGACUCACUGUACAUUGUUCUUGGAUAGGCAGAUUCAAUUCCUACAACCCACAAAGAUUUGAUAAACUCUUGCAAGUGAUGAGCAGAGACUCCUAUUUUUCAGGCAGUCACUACUGGGAAGUUGAUGUGCUUCAAGCAGGUGAGGGUUGGUGGAUUGGCAUCAGUUAUCCAUCAAUCCAAAGGAAAGGAGAUUCAGAAUUCAGUCGUCUGGGUUGGAAUAGUGCAUCAUGGUGCAUAAAAAGAUAUGAUUGUGAAUACUGGGCAUUUCAUAAAGGAGAAAGAACACCACUACAUUUGGAAAAGACACCAGAAAGAAUUGGUAUAUUUCUAGACUAUGAGUCUGGAGUCCUCUCCUUCUUUGAUGUGUCACAUGGUAUGAAGCAUUUACAUACAUUCUGCUGCAAAUUCACUGAACCUCUGUAUCCAGCACUGCGCCUGUGGGAUGGAUCAAUAACUAUGUGCAAACUGACAUAAUGCUGCAAAUUCUCAACAUAUCUGGAGACUUUUAGUUAUUUGCCAAUUCCCAUAUCUUGCUUUAAUAAAAAUCAGACACUUUUUUUUUCACUGGACAAUUUUUCUUUGUCCAUUUAUGAAAGUGAAUCUACAAAUUAGCUACACAUCAACAAUUGUGUGAACUACCUACAUAAAGCACCAACCAAAACUCAUAGGAAUUACUGUUUUUAACCGCAUAAUUACAGGUAAAUGUUGCCCUUGUUUUAUGUUGGUGUCCUCUUCCUGAAGGAACAGUUGCCAAAAAUGACUUACAAUGGACCUACUUUGUAUAAUUUGUCAAUGGCAUAGGUUCAUAGAUGCUUAUGAAAUUGCUGAGGGGAGAUCAUGUAAAGGUGAACUCAUGUGUGUUACUGCCAUAAACCUCUUUAGUUCUGUAAGAUGCCCAAUACAUAAUAUCUCCCACAUUAAACGAGUACCGCUAGCAACAUUACGACUGCAACUUUUAAUUUUUUUUAUUUUAACAUUUAUAAAGCUUAGAUAUACAAUAAUCAUUUACAUCUUGAAAUAGGUUCCAAAGCCUAUUGGUAAUAAGAACAAGAGUUCCAUGUUGCUUUCCAACAUUUAUGUUUAAAAAAAAAUAAUGAACAUGCCAAGAAGAGGGGAGAGAAAAAAAAGGGGGGGAGGAAAUCAGAGGAAGGGAGCAAGUAUAAAAUAAACUUUCUCUCCUUCCACUCCUCCCCCGCCAAUAGCAUAGGUUCAUAGAUUCUUGUGAGAUUGCUGAGGUGAGAUCAUGUGUGUUACUGCCAUAAACAUCUUUAAUUGUGUAAGAUGCCUAAUACAUAAUAUCUCUAUCCCAAACAAGAACCGCUAGCAACAUUACGACUGCAACUCUUCUUUGCAAAAUGGUUUAUGUAAAUGUUUGUAUGUUUGUUAUGGUAAGUAGUCUUGCUGGAUAGCGUUUCAGGAUGUUCUAAAUGCGUUGUCGGGAUUUUUCACUUCUGCCCAGCAUGAAGAAUUCAUAAAGUGCAGUAAAGUAUCCUGUCUCAUUUA